GUAACCUCUAUACAUGUUUCCUGAAGAGGUAUUGACAGCUCAGGUUAUAAACUAAAAUAUUGAUAUCGUUGAUUCUGUGUUGGUUUCAGUGAUAGUGGAUAUGUUAUGUUUUGUAAUCAUCGUCGACAAAGAUAGAACAAAUCUUUUGGUGACUUAAGUUUUGGUUUAACUGAUAUGGCUAGAAUUUAAACUAAUCCAUUUUUAUUUAUAUACUUGGGCUGAGAUUUGAUAUUCUACUAAGAUGGACAAUCAAGAAAGUGAGUUACCAUGCUGUAAUCCAAGUGCUCCUGAGUAUUUAAUAGCUGAUUUAGAAAAAAUGAAAGGUGAUGCUAUUGGAGAUACUCUUUAUAGUGAACGUUGGGUACUGAAGACUCUGAUGAAAAUAAUUGAGUAUUCCGAUGAUUCUUGGAAUGAAGAGCUUGAAAGUGAAUUAUGUGCUCUUUGGGAUAUGACUCUAGAAAAAGAUGUGGUCAACUUUUUAAUGGAUCAGAAUAUUUUUCUUAUUGUCACUGAUGCCCUACAAGUAUCACAGAACAACCGUUUCAUUGAGAUUUUGGUUGGAAUAAUUGGGAAUAUGUGUUGCCAAGAAAAUGUACGAACUGAAUUACUGAAAUGUGAAAAUACUAUUACAUUUCUGCUUAAGUUAUUUGAACGCCCCGAACCUCACAUUCUUAUUCAGCUUGUCCGACUGCUACACUCUAUAGCUUGGGAUUUAGUCAAAGAAUCAGGAUUUUCAGCUGUUUGGCUUGAAAGUGAACUUUCAAACUCUCGGCUUUCUAAGCAUAUAUUUUUUAUUUUAAACAGUUCUACUAAUGAGGAAUUGUUAAGCUCUGUUCUAGAAUUUCUCAAUACUUUGUGUGCUUUGGAAAUCAGUGAUAAAGAUUUCAGCCAAUACUUUUGUAGUCCAGAAAUGAUUACUGGAAUGAUAGAAUGUUGGAAAGAGUUAUAUUCUGGCUGGGCUCUCGAUGAAAAUUUCCCGAGUAAAUCUCUUUGUAAAGCUGCAUCUCAUUGGACAACUGUCCUGUCCUCAUUUACAGGUUAUGAAACUGGAAGAACUAUUUUAUGUCACUAUGGUGUUCCUUUAGGAGAAAUUUGUAAAAGAAUCAUCCAAAGACCUGAUGACUGUAUAGAUGACAUUUUGAUUUCUUCUUUAUCAGUUCUAGAUACCAUAAUUAAUGUUUAUUUUGACUCCGAUAUUUUGAAGAGGGUGCUAUAUCUGUUGAACAUGUUGUUAAACAUGCAAAGUUAUGAUGAGACUGAUAAAUUUAAUCGGGACAGUGAUGCCCUUGAAGGAUUGCUUUUAAAUUGCAUUGAAAGCUACUGUUUAUCUGCUAGUACUAAAGUUGUUCAGACUGUUCUCCAUGAAAUUCUUAGUACUUGUCCAGAAAAUCAUGUUCUUCUAUUUUGGAAAUCAGUUAAUGACAAACAAGCUGAUGAUCCAGGAGAAAGAGCUAUUUAGAGAUAACUGGAUGAAGGUAUAUCUGGUUCAUUUCCAUGAGUGGAAUUUCACUUUGAUAAAUAAAUGAACUUACAUUUUUGUUUGAUUUUUUUUUUAUUUGUUUAUGUUUGAGGAUGGCGAUAGGUUCUUUAUUUAUCAAGGAAAAUCGUUUUCUAUGAUUUUUUCUCUGUUAACU